UGUGCAAAGCAAAACAAAACAAAAAAAAGUGUUAGCGUCAUGCUGAUUAAAUUAAGAAGACUUUUCUUUACUCUAACACUGCUAAUUGUAGUUAAGAUGAUUUCAAGUGCGCCAAAGACGUGGCCGUAUAUGAAAACAUAUGAUAUUUGGGAGACAGACAAAAGUGUAGAUACGUUUAAAGAAGAACAACAUUCAAUCUCUGGGACUUCCCCAAUCUUCGUUCAAAAUAAUUCUCUUGAUGGGCGAACGAAUAGCAGCUUAAGAAGGAAUGCGAAUGGGAGAAGAGCAAAAGUGAUAAAUUUUUUCUCUUUCCCCAUCGAUGAUGAAUGCUUAUCUGAUGACGGCAGAAGAAUUGGGAUGUGCAUGAAUGUUUACGAGUGUCGCAUUCAAGGUGGAACAUCACGAGGUGAUUGUGCUCUUGGCUUUGUUGAAUCGACAUGCGAUCAAGAAGUGUUUAACAACAUCACAUAUUUUGUGUCGCCGAAAUUUCCUGCGCUAAUGCCCCAUGACAGAACAAACUGUUCCAUCAAAAUAAAACUUAUUAGCAACGAUAUCAGUCAGAUUCGCUUGGAUUUUCUUCAUUUUACGCUGAGUCAGCCUAACAGAACGACGGGAAUUUGUGAGAAUGACAACUUUACGAUUGAUGGUGGAACAACACCAUUCAUUAUUUGUGGUCAGAACAGCGCUCAACAUGUUUUAUACGACAUUGGAUCGCCUAAAGCGAGAGCUGAAAAUCAGGAGCUUAAGAUAAACAUUAAUUUGAAACAACGCUCAGUUGCGACACGUUUAUGGGAAAUUCGAAUAAGUCAAAUACCUUUCAGCUUGAAGGCGCCUAGUGGAUGUAUGCAAUAUUUCACGGGCAGUGAAGGUAUUAUACAAACAUUUAAUUUUGCUGAUAACGGAAGGCACCUGGCAAAUCAAAACUACAAGGCAUGUGUGAGACAGGAAAAAGGAAAAUGUAGUAUUCAGUAUGAAACUUGUAAUGAUAAUUCCUUUCGAAUCGGUCCGAAUAUGGGAUUUGGAAUGGGAGGAAGCAUGGGAGGAAAUCCUAUUAUGUCUGAUGGAACACUAGCAGACAACGGGCCAUCGUCAGAUCCAGCAUUGAACGAUGACACUGAACUUGCAGAUGAAACAAUUGACAUGAUGAAUGACGGUGAUUUAAAUCCAUCAAAUGAUGAUGGCACUGAUGGAAGUGACGAUCCAACACAAGCAGACGAACCAACACAAGAUGAUGAAAUGUUAGCUGAUGAAGAAGGUUCAGGAGGUGAAGCAGCAGAUACAGGAUUCUUUAGUGGUUUUCCAUCUUUCACUUUUCCAUCAUUUUUCUCUUCAUUUACGGGACGGAGAAGAAGUCGGCAACUUUACUCACCUUGUACAGAUCGUAUAACGUUGCCAUGCAUUGUUGAAGAUUUCAUUGGAGUUGGUAUGGGAGACAUUCCAACAUGCAUUCCCGUACAUUGCGGUAACUCCUUAUGCCAACAUGGAGAUUCAUCGUGUAAAAUUGAAACAUCCGUAACGCCUUUCCACAUUGGUGUUCAUUUCGGUGAUGGUAAAACUAACAAAGGAAGCCCAGAAGACAACAUUGGAGCGUGUUUACGAUAUAAACAACUUCCAUGCUCAUAG